AAUUUGAUUCAUGUGCGUAAAUAAAUUGUUUGUGCAGUGUUGAUUUUUGGUAUAAAUUAAUGAAUUUUCAAACCAAAAUGGACGUCAUCUCCUCCUGCUCCUGAUCGGACGACUGGGUGUUUUUGAAAAAAAAUGUAAAAUACAUCCAAAGAUAUUUAUUUUACAAUUAAAUUCUAAAAAAUGUUGGAAUUUCGCUGCAAUUAAAUGUUGAUGAAAUGCGCUGAAGAGGAAGAAGAGCGUCGAAGGGUCAGCCUUUUUGUGCAGUCGAAGUGGUGCAUUAUUAGGGAAGUCUGCACAGGGAAAAAGUCGAUGAAAAAUGGGCAACUCUUGCAGCUUUGGACAGGGCCGAAAGGGCAGCGACAGCAUUUCGGAAAAGUCGGAAGAGUCAAAUCGUCAUCAGCAGCCCCAAUCAGACACCAAACAUCCCCAUGACGUCGACGAGAAAAAAGGGCAACAUGCGCCUUCAUCCCAACAGGGUUCUGACGUCACGGGGCGUAUUUCCCAGGUGACGUCAUCCGGCGAAUCCGGCAGGGCCGGAUCGGGGAUUGCCCCAAAAGCGUUGCAGGAAAUCAGUCAUGUUUGUGAUACAGUCUCGACUCCUUCUCCAGUUGUCAAAGAAUUUGGCACCAAACUAGAAAAUGUUGUGUUAAGUGAAAUGCCGCCAAAAUUGCAAGACAUGGAUCCAACUCAAAUUUUGCUCCUUCGAGGAAAAUUAGGCGCUGAUAAAUGUAGACGGCGACUAAAGAAAAUUGUGCUGUUUGUUUUGAGUGCUGAUGGAAAAGAUUCUGUUCAGGAAAGGACUGAACUGGCCGAAAAUAUUUUGAAGAGUCUUCGGUUGAAAUUUUCGAAGCAGGACUUUGAAAUUCAUCUGGUCGAUACGAAUUGUGAUGAUGUAUCCAAUGUGCAGGCGAGAUUGUUUGCUGAAACAAGGAAAUGGGAAUUAAAAAGACAUUCAGACCAAUGUUACCUCGUACCAAUUUUAUUGCUGAACAGCACAUUUGGACAGCAACUUGUACCAUUUACAAUUGAAAUUGGUGACUUUGAAGAAGUUUUGUCAAAAUUGGAAAACGAUAAGAGUAAAGAAUUGAUGUCAAAACUGUAUCAGAAAGUAACCAAAGACAAGGAGACAAUGUAUGAACUUCAGAAUCUCAAGUCAAGUGAUCUCCCAAGUGAUGUGCAGGAUCUCAUCAAAGACCUGUCGGCUCUAUGGCCACAAGAUAAGGUCUUGAAAUAUUUGACAACAGCUUUAGAAGAUUUAUUAAACGAAGUCAUGAAGAAUCAUGAAGACUUGUUGAAAAAUAUGAUCUGGUUGAACAGAAUGAGCACUGCUUCGUUUAACGCGGAUGCUGAAGUUCAGAAGAAAACUUAUGGGCAUUGUGCAAGAAAACAAGUACCAGAAAAGAACAUCCUGAAACACUCACCUAAACCGUCGGACAACCACGAUCCUGCGAACGUCGUUCAACAAAUCAGCGCACAACUUCUCACUGCCUUAACAAAUCCUAUAGCAUCCUUGAUCCAGGAUCAUGGUCAAACCUGUCUGGCAAAACCUUCACUAGGUGUAAGUGCAUCCUUGUUUAACAAUAUCGAAAAACAAAUACCAGAAGAUUUAUUAGACGCAUCUGACUCGGAGGAUUUGCAAAAAAUCUUGAAGUACUUGAAGAGUGAUGCUAAUCAUCCUUUAGUGGUUUCUGGAGGUAGUUUUAGUGGUAAAAGUGUUUUGUUGAAGAUGGUUGCACAAAAAGUGGUAGCUGGUAGUGAAUUUUUCCCAGUUGAUGGUAACUUGGUGUGCAGGUUUGAGGAUUUGAACUCUGGAGCGAGUUUGGUGCAGGUUUUGGAGGAUGUUGCUGACAGGUGUAAGAUUUUGCAGGACGGAGAGGCUACUUCUUGUAAACAUGAUUUACAGUCUUACUCGACCAUCAUCACAACGUCUCUGCAAAGCACCAGGAAGCCACUUCUGAUUAUCCUCGAUGGUCUGGACAGGCACCAGCCCGUAGACGUGUCUUGGAUACCUCAAACCUUGUCAACGAAUGUUAAAAUAAUAAUAAGCGCUACGCACAACACCAGCAAAAUUGGUGACCAGGAUGACCAAUGUAGAUUUUAUGACAGUUUGAAGAAUCGGUUGGACGAGAAGUGCUUUUUGUCCGUUGGAGAAGAUAUGAGGAAACGCGCGCUGGCGCGCGUUUUUGAUAAAGGAUAUUUAGAUAUUAGUCAGGAUGAGUUUGCAAAAACUGAAGACCAACCCAAUCUCAUUUACGAUAAGGUAGUGUCGUUCAUCACAAAAUUAGCCAAGGAAUUUUUGGAGUUCGAUGUCGCUAAUGUUUUGGCGUUGCUGGUUGCAUCGAGAGCAGGUUUGCUGGAGACGGAAAUCUUAGACUUACUGACUGGUUGUGAUAAGUUGAAGGGGACCCAAAAACAAACUUACGAUGCCGCUUCUGUGUUCUGGACCAAGUUGUACAGAAGGAUGGAACCAUUUUUCUUACACAAGAGGGACUGCGUUAGUUUCAAGAACCAAUUGGUGAAGCAGGCGAUAGAACAUAGUUUCAAAGAUAGCAUAAAACUAGGACAUCAAAUUUUAUUCGACUAUUUCUCUGGAGAAUCUUCGAGUAAUAGUAGUGAAUUUUAUAAGACUGAUAAUGCAACUAAUUCUUAUGACAGAUUCAUUAGUAGAAAACAUUUAGAACUACCCUAUCACCAUUAUCAUCUACAAGGCACGGAAAACUUCAUAAACUCCGAUUAUCUCACCACCCACGAAUGGAUUUACAAGAAACUGUUGACCUGCCAAACAUCAGCUCUCCUGGACGACUUAGACCUGGUCAACUCCUCAUCAUCCAAUCAACAUCUGACAAUCCUUCGAGACUUUUUAACCCUAAACAAAAAACAACUGGAUUACGACACCAGACAACUUUAUUCUCUACUCGAUAUUUAUUUUGAGAGCAAACAAGAUUUUAGCAAAAUGAAUGGAGUCCAUCAUGGUCAAGUGGAGAUCAAGAGAAAGUUUUCCAAUAAUGUGGUGCAGAGUUGGUACGAGGCUUGUAAGAAACCACCUGUUUGCACAUUGGUGGUGCAGAAUUUGGAUGAUUUGGUUGCUCGUGAUGAUGACACUAAAGUUGCUGUUGGUUUUACUGCUUUGCAAAGAUUGGGGAAUGGUGAUACUGGUUAUGUCACCAGUUUGUCGACAGAGAGGGAAGAAAUUUGUGUUUGGGAUGUAUCCAGGUGCAAGCGAGUCAGGACCCUAACAGGUAUCACCCAGCCUCUUUCUUUAUGUCCAGUUGAUAGCACCAGAUGCAUAGUUCUUUGUGGACGUGAAUUGAGGUUGUUUAAUUUGGAUUUGGGGUCAUCGUUGGUCAAACUUAAGGGUGUCAUGAAUCAAAAAAUGCCGUUUUAUGGUCUCCACGAUAACGGACAUGUUGUCUGCUUGUCCAGGAACAGGAUGUAUGUUAAUUUGAUGAAUUUGGAGAGCGGUGAUUGUGUGACAACUUUCAAAGCCGGCGAAGACAGAUUCCUGAAUUCUUUACUGGUAUCCGGGGACGGAAGAAUUUUGGUAUGCGGAGACGAAACCCAAAAACCUUUUCCAUUACUCGUUUGGCAUUUGACUUCAAGGAAACUUUUGUACGAUUUGAGGAUACCACAUCAUGAUUUUGUGACGUCCUUGGCUGCUAUCACAUUUGAAGGUAAUUAUGUCUGUGUCGUCUGUCGAGAGACAACAGAACCAUCUCCCAAUUUCAUAGUCGUCUACGAUUUGCAAAGUGGAACUUUGUUCAAAAAGUGGAAGCCUUUAUGUGAUACAGUCGCCCUGGAAAUUUCAUCAGCUGAUGGCAGUGUUGUCUCUGGUUUGCAGGACGCCAGAAUUCUCGUCUGGGAUCUCAUUACAGGUAAUAAUAGAACUAUCAAGUUUAAUUAUUAA